AUGGGUUCCAAAUGGUCGUGGACCAGUCGCGUUUGUCGGUUCUGGACCCGUGUCCUCCUUCGUCUUGUCCAGUUUGGCAGCUCGCUGGUCGCUUACAUUGCACUCCAAACGGUGGGUUUCACCUCUCACACUACUGCAGGAGGUCAAACGGUUCCUGUGAUUGUGAGUAGUGGUGCGCUUGACUUUGCGCGGAUUAUCAACUUCUUGGCGUUCGUGUACGCCUUCAUUUUCCUCAUUUGUGUCGAGUGGCUACGUCUUUGCGUGCGCCCGGUGCAUGUAUGUGAGAAAGUAAUGGAUCUCACGAUCUUAGUGUGCCUCACGGUCGCGACACUCGUGUUACUGUUGUCAAAGAUAACUUUGCAGUGCCAAUGGGAUUAUGGGCGCUUCUUGCAAUGUGGGAAUCUGUAUCUGGGCGUCGCCAUGUCCUUUCUCUCCAUGCUCGCCUUCUUGGCUAUUGUGUUGCUUGGAGGGAAGGAGAAGGACAACGAGGAACAUUCACGAGAUGAUGCAGCACGGCAACAAGAACACAACCGCGAUAAUCAGGCGUCAUAUGUGAACCAAGACAGUCCGCGAGCAGGAGCUACACCCGUGCCGAUAGUAACGGCUCAGCCAGUGCACUAA